UAUGUUGUUUUCAACACUACCUGGUCACAAGUACGGUUUGUUUUGCGCCGGCUUUUAAAGAUUUUUUUUUGGCUGAAAUGAGUGACAAUUCUUCAAGUACUACAGUCAAAUUGGAGGAUAACUUUUUGCGCCAGAAAGUACGGGAGUAUGCGCGUCGGCAACGCCAAGAACUGCGUACAAGUGCUACAGAUGCGUUGCGUUUUGGGUUGGGAAAAAUAAAGGAAGAAAUUAAGGAGAUCGAACACCUCUCAGUUAAGGAUGUGAAUGGUUUGGUGGCGCGCAUCAAGCGUCGAAAACAUGCCACGUCGGACGAUAUGUAUCGUUUAUCUUAUGCUUUCCUUCAGGGCAAUGAAAACAUCAACGCAUUUGCUGAUAAGCAGGGCGCUGUGCAGGUGCUGGUAAAAGAACUCACAGGUACAGAUCUGACACGUAGAUUUGAUGCCGCCGAAUGCUUUUGCAACUUUUCGUUGGGAGAAGCGCAUGUCUGCGAAAAGAUUGCCACAUUGGCAGGUACCUAUCUGGUCACUUAUAUGGACAUCAAAGAGCCUCGCUUGAAACGUAGCUGUCUAUGGACAUUGGCCAAUAUUUUGUCUACAAGCAACAAAGCGACCACGACCCUGCUUCAGAUGCAGCUUGUGCCAAAGCUCUGGAAGUUAUAUACUGCACCUGCCGAUGAUCUGAAUGUUUAUCAAGAAGAUGCUGCCAUUUGCUUAUAUCUGAUAGCGACAUCUGCUGCUGAUUUGCUAAGUUCCGAGGACCGUCGCUAUAUUGCUGAGCACGUGCAUGAGAAGUGUGCCUCCGGACCGGCAUCUGAAUAUUACAUGUACAUCAUAUUUCAAACGGAAAUUUUGAGACUGGAGCAAGAAUUGUGCUUGCGAAAUUCUAAAAACCUGUUGAGUUUUGUAGAGACGUGUCUGCAGGGCGAUUUUAAGACUCCAACAGAAAAGUUUAAAGUUAUUUAUGCUGUACGUGUAUUUACCAACAUUGUGGCCACAUUUACAUGCAUUGACAAUGCUAAGUUAAUUAAGAAUUUAGUGGAAACAUUGAACAGGCUCUUUGCUUUACAAGAUGAAAGUUUAACGAUGGAUUUAUUGCGCUUGGUUAAAAAUAUAAUGAAUUUACAGCAAUCGGACAAAUUGCUGGACCAUUUGCAAGUCCAUGCCUUCGGCUCAAUGCAACUAUAUAUUUAAACCUAUGUGUAUAAAACUACAAUUUUUGCUUGGUGAGUUGUAUUUUUUUCUUUUAUUCGUAUGAUAACGAUUUAGUUGCCAUUGAUUGAAUAUGUUGCAUACAUGCAGACGAGCAAAAACUACAAAUGAACAAUUGAAAAGGUAUACAUACAUACGUUCACAAACACAUGAAGUGAUAGACUUAAACCUAAACAUACAUAAAUU